UAUUAUACGGUCACGGCAAAAUUCCGGCGCCGUGCCGUUCAGCUGCCGUCUACUGCCACUACAGUAUACGGCAGCCGGACGGCGCGAUAAGCUUAGUGGCGUACGUGACCAAAUGCACGUUUUCACAUUAUACGAUUUUAUUCGUGCGGCAGAGUUCGAUCAGUCCCAUCAAUCUCUUCGAGACACGAUUAAACUUAAACUUACAAUAUAUUGACAAAAUAAUGGCGGAAUUCGAUGUUGAAUUUUUAAUUACUCUCGUGCAAGAGAGACCAGUGUUGUGGGACAAAGGUUUAGAACUAUACAAAGAUAGAAAUGCUACAAAAAAUGCCUGGCGAGAAGUUUUAAUAGAACUUAACCCGGAAUUUGAUGCUCUUGAUGAUAAGGAAAAAAACUUGUUUGGUCAAGGAGUUCUUAAAAGAUGGACUAAUCUUCGCGAUUCAUUUUCAAAAUAUUUCAAAAAAGACAAAGAGUCCAAGAGAAGUGGCUCAGGAGCAAAAAAAAUAAAGAAAUAUGUAUACUUUGAUCAAUUGCAGUUUUUACGAAAAAUUUAUGUUGAGCGACCGACUUCGAAUAGCCUGGAACCGGACGCGAGAAACGACCCAGAAAAUGAAAAAGAUGACAUAGAGCCACAACUGCAAGCUUCAAAUAAUGUUUCAGAUAUUUCUAGGGAAAAAAUAAUUAAUCCACAAAAAGGAAGGAAAAAUAAAAGUCAGAACGACAUUGAUUUAAGAAUUAUAAAAUUACUUGAAGAAAAGGAUCAACCUUGCAAUAAAAUGGCUUUUUUACAAAGUCUCUUGCCUCACUUGCAACAAUUUGAUAAUCAGGACUAUUUACAUUUUCAAAAAUGUCUGAAUGAGGCAAAAGAUAUGGCCAAAUCCUUAAAUAUUACUUCUGAAUUUACCAACAAACAUACCUCUGUUGAAUCAAAAGACACAGAAAAUAAAUUUAGAGCUCAAUGUUAUGAAGCAUUAGAUUCUAUUCUAUCCAGUUUAUGUUGGAGGUUUGAAAAAAUGUCACAAAUCGCAUCUGAUUUUAAUUUUUUGUCUGGUAACUUAUUAUCAACUAUGGAGUCUGAAAAAAUAAAACUCUGGGUUAAUGAUUUGGCAUUGAAGUAUGAUCGAGAUUUAAAUGCUGCAGAGUUGUAUUCUGAAAUUGAGAAUUUCAAAUAUCAGGCUCCAUUAUUAAUGACAAAAUUUGAGAAUGCAACUCAGUUAGAUAUUCUAAAGCAUAUUCAUCAGUACUCUUUAAAAUAUUUAUAUCCGAAUUUAGAGGUAGCACUACGGAUAUUUUUAACAAUUCCUGUCACUACGGCUUCUUGUGAAAGGAGUUUCAGCAAGCAGAAAAUCAUAAAAAAUUAUCUAAGAUCAACAAUAAGUCAAAAUCGUCUCACCGGAAUGACUAUAUUAUCUAUAGAAAAAGAUAUAGCGAAGACAAUUUCAUUUGAUGAUGUCAUUGAUCAAUUUGCUUCAAUUAAAUCAAGAGAAGUACCUUUGUAA